UCUCCCGUCCUCCAGCGCUCGGAUGCUGCUGCUGCUGCUGCUGUUGCCAUCAUCACCGCGAGAUGCGCGUCAAACGGGCAUCAUCAACAUGUAGAGCCCACAUCUCAGCUCACCCAUCAGGGGUUUGUACCCACUCUAUCAAUCAGCACCAAAAGUAACAGCAACGAUGUGACCAAAACGACCCUCGUUACGUUCCCGAUAGCACAACACGCCGUGUUUUAACCGAAUAAUUAAUGCGGACACAUCUCAUCUACAUCAUUCAGAUUUUCUUCCGCAUAAGAUGAAGUCCUUACCACCGUCUACUGGCUCCCGGUCCGUUCAUUUCAUCUCCAUUCUGCACCAAUGCGCAUCAUCUGCAUUUGGAAAAGCGUAAAGGUCAAAUGAUGUGACUUUCAUUUUGUGUUCUCCGUGAUGGAUAUUGUUUGAAGAUACACUGGAUAUCAUUGAGUGUUUUGUUCUUUUUGUAAUAUCGACUCAACGUCAAAUGUCCUUGGAGCAUGGCCUGCGCGGUUUUUUACCAAAGCUAUCCCUGUGUCAAUAGAUCCCUUUAGUAACACUCUUCUGCCAUUAUACCUAGAGAUGGAUUGGCACAAUGGUUACCACUUUGUUUGCUGAUUUUUUAAUAAUGGGGGAAUAAGUAAACCCUAAACAAUUGAACAUAAUCUCUCAAUAUGGAGAUCUACACAAAAGCAAAUCUUAGCCGAACAUAAAUAAAACAAAAUACAGCAUAUUUUCCGAGUUAUACAUCUCAUAACAUCUGCUAAAUAGCUGCCAGUCUUUCACAACCAACGCACAAUAUGGGGGAUCUAGGCAAUAGCACUGUGGAGUUCCACCCUAAGAAGCCAGGGAUGGACAGAAGAGGACACGAGGGGGAUUUUGGAGUGACACCGGAGGAGUUGUGUUCACUGAUGGAAAUCAGGGGUGCAGAAGCUUUGCAAAGGAUUCAGGAGAACUACGCAGAUACAGAAGGCCUCUGUCACAAACUCAACACUUCACCUGCAGAUGGACUGUCGGACAAUCCUGCAGACCUAGAGAAACGUCGGCAAGUGUUCGGUCAGAACUUCAUCCCCCCAAAGAAAGCCAAGACCUUCCUUCAGCUUGUCUGGGAAGCUCUGCAGGAUGUUACCCUCAUAAUCCUGGAAAUAGCAGCCAUCAUUUCCCUCGGACUGUCCUUUUACCAGCCACCAGGGGGCGAAACUGAAGCAUGCGGUAAUGUGAGCACAGGUGCGGAGGAUGAGGGUGAGGCGGAGGCGGGUUGGAUCGAGGGUGCAGCUAUCCUGCUCUCUGUACUCUGUGUGGUUCUGGUGACUGCUUUCAAUGACUGGAGUAAAGAGAAGCAGUUCCGUGGCCUGCAGAGCCGUAUCGAGCAGGAGCAACGAUUCGCCGUGGUGCGGAACGGCACCGUCAUCCAGAUCCCUGUGGCUGAGAUGGUGGUGGGUGACGUUGCCCAGGUCAAGUAUGGUGACCUCCUGCCUGCGGAUGGUGUUCUCAUCCAAGGGAACGACCUCAAGAUCGAUGAGAGCUCGCUCACUGGAGAGUCUGAUCACGUACGCAAAUCUGUCGACAAAGAUCCCAUGCUGCUGUCAGGCACCCAUGUAAUGGAGGGUUCGGGGAAGAUGGUGGUGACUGCCGUUGGUGUGAACUCUCAAACCGGUAUCAUCUUCACCCUGCUGGGUGCUGGUGAGAUGGAGGAGGAGAAGAAAGACUGCAAGAAAGAGCUCAAUAGUAAUUCAUCCAUGCAGUUCCACAGUGUUGAAGCCAAAGAACACAACAUCAUAAAUGGGAAACAAGAUGGGACCUUGGAGAACAAUCAAAAUAAAGCCAAGAAACAGGAUGAGGCGGUUGCCAUGGAGAUGCAGCCUCUUAAGAGUGCAGAAGGUGGGGAAGUGGAGGAGAAAGAGAAGAAGAAAGCUAAUGUGCCCAAGAAGGAGAAGUCCGUUCUUCAGGGAAAACUUACCAAGCUAGCAGUGCAAAUCGGGAAAGCAGGUCUGGUGAUGUCCGCCAUCACUGUGAUUAUCCUGAUGCUGUAUUUCGUGAUAGAGACGUUCGUGGUUCAGGGACGUGUGUGGCUGACGGAGUGUACGCCCAUAUAUGUGCAGUACUUUGUCAAGUUCUUCAUCAUAGGAGUGACAGUGUUGGUGGUGGCUGUACCAGAGGGUUUGCCACUGGCUGUCACCAUAUCACUGGCCUAUUCAGUAAAGAAAAUGAUGAAGGACAAUAACCUUGUGCGUCACCUGGAUGCCUGUGAGACUAUGGGUAACGCUACAGCCAUCUGCUCGGAUAAAACUGGGACCCUCACCACUAACCGGAUGACAGUGGUCCAGAUUUAUGUUGGGGACAAGCACUUCCGUGACAUCCCAACACCAGACCAGAUCAAUCCCAAGACACUGGAGCUCAUCUCCAUUGGCGUCGCUGUGAACUGCGCCUACACCUCUAAGAUCAUGGCUGCAGAUAUAGAGGGUGGCCUGCCCAAACAGGUGGGUAAUAAGACCGAAUGUUCUCUACUGGGUCUCGUGCUGAACCUGAAACAGGAUUACCAAGCCGUGAGGGAGCAGAUCCCAGAGGAGAAGCUUUAUAAAGUCUACACCUUCAAUUCGGUCCGAAAAUCCAUGAGCACUGUCAUUCAGAUGCCGGAUGGAAACUUCCGCUUGUAUAGCAAAGGAGCGUCUGAGAUCCUGCUUAAAAAAUGCUCGUUCAUCCUGUCCGGUAACGGAGAGGCACGCGCUUUCAAGCCGCGAGAUAAAGAUGAGAUGGUAAAGAAAGUGAUCGAGCCAAUGGCGUGUGAUGGCCUCCGUACGAUCUGCAUCGCUUAUCGGGAUCUUCCAGCUGACCCCAUGCCAGACUGGGAAAAUGAAGCAGAUAUUGUCUCUAAUCUCAUCUGCAUCACGGUGGUUGGCAUCGAAGACCCGGUUCGACCUGAGGUCCCAGACGCCAUCAGGAAGUGUCAGCGAGCGGGCAUCACUGUACGUAUGGUGACAGGCGACAACAUUAACACAGCACGAGCCAUUGCUUCCAAGUGUGGCAUCAUUCAUCCUGGUGAUGACUUUCUGUGUAUGGAAGGAAAGGACUUCAACAGGCGAAUCAGGAAUGAGAAAGGAGAGAUUGAGCAGGAGCGCAUUGACAAAAUUUGGCCCAAGCUCAGAGUUCUUGCUCGAUCGUCCCCUACCGACAAACACACGCUAGUUAAAGGUAUCAUAGACAGCACCGUUUUGGAACAAAGGCAGGUGGUCGCGGUCACAGGUGACGGCACGAACGACGGUCCAGCUUUAAAGAAAGCUGAUGUUGGCUUUGCAAUGGGCAUCGCUGGUACGGAUGUGGCAAAGGAGGCGUCUGACAUCAUACUAACAGAUGAUAACUUCUCCAGCAUAGUGAAGGCUGUGAUGUGGGGAAGGAACGUAUAUGACAGCAUCUCCAAGUUUCUACAGUUUCAGCUCACUGUCAAUGUGGUGGCUGUCAUAGUAGCCUUCACAGGUGCCUGUAUCACACAGGAUUCUCCCCUGAAGGCUGUGCAGAUGCUCUGGGUAAAUCUCAUCAUGGACACAUUCGCUUCUUUAGCUCUUGCCACAGAGCCACCCACCGAAUCCCUGCUGCUGAGGAAGCCCUACGGCAGAAACAACCCUCUAAUAUCCAGAACCAUGAUGAAAAACAUCCUCGGACACGCCGUCUACCAGCUUAUAAUCAUCUUCACCCUGCUUUUCGUAGGUGAGAAGAUCUUUGACAUCGACAGCGGCCGUAACGCUCCGCUGCACUCUCCUCCCUCUGAGCAUUACACCAUCAUCUUCAACACCUUCGUCCUCAUGCAGCUCUUCAACGAGAUCAACGCCCGGAAGAUCCAUGGGGAGAGGAACGUUUUUGACGGGAUCUUCUCCAACCCCAUCUUCUGCUCAAUCGUGCUGGGGACUUUUGCAAUACAGAUCGUGAUUGUACAGUUUGGAGGGAAGCCCUUCAGCUGUUCCCCCUUGAAUAUGGAGCAAUGGCUCUGGUGUCUGUUUGUGGGGAUGGGAGAACUGGUCUGGGGACAGGUGAUCGCAUCAGUACCAACACAUCAGCUGAAGUGUCUGAAAGAAGCGGGCCAUGGGCCGGCUCCAGACGAGAUCAUGGACGAAGAUCUCGCUGAGGAUGAGGAUGAGAUUGAUUACGCGGAGAGAGAGCUGAGGCGAGGACAAAUCCUCUGGUUCAGAGGACUCAACCGAAUUCAGACUCAGAUGGAGGUAGUGAGUACCUUCAAGAGAAGUGGUUCGUUUCAGGGCGCAGCGAGACGUCGCUCUUCGGUGCUCAGCCAACUCCAUGACAUCCGGGUGGUGAAAGCUUUCCGUAGUUCCCUCUACGAUGGCAUCGAGAGGCAGGACUCGCGCAACUCCAUUCACGAUUUCCAGGCGCACCCAGAAUUCAUCAUCACGGACUCCGUCCACAACAUCCCCCUGAUCGACGAGACCGAUGUGGACGACGCAUCCGAGCGCUCCAAUCAUAACCACGUGCGCGUGGCCCUCCGUCAUCCCUCUCCUAACUCGCCGGCUCAGACGCCUCAGAGACCACCACGAUCCCGUUACCCGGCUCGCCCGCUGAGACAGCAGAGUUUGCCCGUUACACUCAACUGCAACAACAAUGCCGCAGAAAGUCACGUCUAUCUCAGCAUAAACGACAACGGGGUGCCGUACGUUUCUCCCUGUCCUGCCAGUCCUCUGCAUAGCUUGGAGACAUGCUUGUAAAGGUCAAAGUUCAUAAAACUGGGACUGCCUACCGAUUCAUUGUACAGUAGUAUGGACGAACAAGUGUGAGGACUGGCGGAGAAACGGUUAGGAUGUUUCUGUACCUAAUCUUCGUUCCUGUAUCUAUCACAGAUUCACAGCUUCAAAAUAUUUCAGUGGUUAUUUUACAGUAUCUUGUGUGACCCAAAGACAAUCCCUCUCUGCAUGAAAGAGACAGAUCAUGUUCUCAUAUGUUGCACUUGAAGAAAUGUUGGAUAUACAGUAGGCGUGGACUCUUAACUAAAGACUUUAACCCUAAUGAAACUGUACAAAUGAAUAAGAAAAAAAAAAUGUUUAUUUGGGGAUAUCUACAUUCGCCUUUUAAUUAACAACAUUGUUCCAAUUAUUAUAGUGGUUAUAUUUCUGCUAACAUUACAAUAAUUAAUAUUACAAUUAAUAUACACCAGUUAUGAUACUUCAUGGUUUAGCUUUAUAUAACUAUGUUUGUAUGUAUGACGUAAGUCUGUAUGUAUGUGUAUUUGUUUGUUUGUUUGUUUGCUGUUGUUAAAAUCCGUGUCUAUGUUCUCAUUGA